UCACAUUUACAAUUUGAGUACGACGUUUCACUGGUGAUUACAACCAGCUUAAUUAGGCAAUUUGCUAGAAUUGUGAAGAGGUCUUGCUGUUUCGGUUACACACACAGUUCAGCCACUUUUGUCACUGAAAUAAUCCCUUACAAUAGAAGUGAGUCAACGCGCUAAAAUUAGAAACAGUGUUGUUGCCGGAUCGAAAAUAUGCCUCUCUAGUACCCGAUUAGCGCGGCUUGGAUGCUCAUAAGCGACGGAUCCCAAUCGCUUGUGGGCCGUUUCGGAGUGGGAGACGCGCGGGUCGUGUUCGGGCCAUCGGUUCCUCGGUAUGAGCUGUGGUCGGGAGGGGAGCGCGUCGGAUUACAGAGGGGACAUGUAUAAUGCAUGCCUUCCUUCCCCCCACCUCCUUCCACCGGCGGAUCAAUCAUUAAAUACCAGGCACGCUGGCCAAGCGGGUCUUGCCACGAAACCCAAAACGAGUCCCAGCCAAAGACGAGGAUCAAAACGACCAGCGUAGCCAUCCAGCCUGCUGGGGCGAUUUCUGUCCGCGGGGACGUGUUUGUGUUAGUGUGUGAGGCCGACACGGCGCACGACGAUGUCCUCUUGAUAGCACCACGCUGGGCCGUCUUUGUCUCCACACUGCUGAUAUUUACGCGGCGCAACCAGCCACUCGCUGGACAUGCUUGAGUCGAUCCAGGUGAGGCUCGGGGUAAUUUCUCACGCCACGUGCCACUGAUAAUCGCCUUGGCUGAGGAAUCGAAGUCAAAGUCGCCGGGUACGCAGCAGUGCAGUGCAGGAAACCGCUGCCACACCGCUCCCCACGCUCACACAGGAUCACGACCACACCAUAGCAACAUCAUGAGCGUACUCAGAGACACACUAACGCACACGAGAAGAUACAUACAAAAUAAUUAAAACACACGCUAACACUCACAGACACGCACUGACAUAUCCAGGCACACUCACACGUAAACACAUUGUCCUACACCGCUGCUUUCCCUCCACGUGUUUCUGGCUGGGAAACUCGUCUCGAGACUCCAACUGUCAACCUCAUUGCUGCGACGCUCGCACAACUAACGGUCCUGAGUCACCUUGCGUCGCACAGAGACAUUACUUGCCUCCAUAGUCUGUUAAAGGCUAUACGGGGGAUCUUCAUGCGUACGCAGUGCGCUCUGCCACUCGUCCCAUUCACAUCACGCACACACACGUGGACGACGCCUGCGAUGGGGAGCGAACUCAUGGAGGGCGCCCAGGAGGAGCAAGAUCUGCUGAAUCGGGAGUGGAACCCUGCCCUCCUCUCUCUGAGGAGCCUCUACCGCGGGGACCCCUUCUACUCGCUGUGCCUGGCAGACCUCAUGCGGGCCCCCCAGGCCCUCAACCACGCCAUUGUCAAGGAGCAGCGACAACUGGCGCAGACCCUGCGGAAGCUGGACACACAGCGUCUGAGUCGCCUGCGCCAACUCGCUGAGGAGCGCCGCCAGUUCGAGGCAUGCAUGCGGCAUCGCCUCGCACCGAGGCGCCCACACUCCACGCCACAUGGGCAUGGCCCAGGGUACGGCUCGUGGCACAACCCGGGGCACGGCCCGGGGCACGGGCAGGCGAGCAACAAGCAUGGACAAGACUCGAGAGGGCAUUUGCAUGAGCAGGGCCAGAGGCGCGAGACCCGACCGCAGUGGUCAGAGCCGGAGCAGGCGGUGCUGAAGGUGGAGUGGCAGUGGAAUGGGUAUGGUCGAGGGCACGACCAGGGGCAGACUAAUGGACAGAGGCAGACUAAUGGACAGGGGAAAGACGACACGCAGGGGCAUUGGCAACGGAGCGGGCGUUGCGAAGGGCACGAGCAGAGGCACGACGACGCACGGGGGCAUUUGGAAUGGAAUGGGCAUGGCCAGGGGCAGCGUCCGUGCACAGCGGCCGCUUGCUGCUCAUCCGCGUGGCACCACAGGGGGGCGAGGCCCUGCUCAGCUCCCGUGAUCCCGGUUCCCCAUGCGGUGUGCUGCCCCUGGGCAUUCCCUGGGGGUCCUGGCCUCCCCGAGCCGUCGCCCGCCUCCCGCCCCUUCGUCUCAUCCGUGCCACGCUCCGCGUGUGAGCGGCUGCUGCAGAGAUGCAGGGUGCGAGGGGUUGAACUGUUGGGGGGGCUGCCCCUCUUGCCCUCGAACCCUGGUACCCCCGGCCCGGCCCGGGAAUUCUUAUAGAGUAGGGUAACUAGAUAAAGAAGCAGACAAUACUAAACUAAACAAUUUUGUAAACAUUUAACAGGUAAAACGCACUGAGCUAUAUAGCUCUUUUUCAGAAGCAACUUGGCCACAAAUGAUAGCUCAACGAAGUGGCUUACCAUAACGUGCAAUUGUAUAGCAGCGAAAU